AUGUCAAGUACUAUUGCUGAGAGCGGCAAGCUCGUUUACGUCGAUAAGAACGUCGUUAAGGUGUUUCCCGACAAAGGCGCGCAGCUCCUGUCUGUGCUAGACUAUGGCAAGUCACAUUGGGGAAAGACAGCGCAGGUCAGGGUCAAACUGAAGUCUGGAGAGGAGAAGAGCUAUUUUCUCAAAGUCAUUCGGCUAGGAGACACUGGCUGCGAAAUGUGCGAGGGUGAGUAUGAGUCUCUCAAGGCGAUCGACGCCGUUGUACCCGGCUUUGUCCCAAAGCCGUACGCAUGGGGCCCGUAUGAGGAUGGGGAAGCGUACUUUCUGCUGGCCGAGUUUCGGGAAUUCCGCUCCCAGCCCGCCAAACCGGAAUCUCUUGCAAAAGGCCUCGCAAAACUGCACGCGCAGUCCGUCUCGCCAACUGGCAGGUUUGGCUUCCAUACCCGCACCAACCACGGGCGUAUCCGGCAGAACGUGGGCUUCUGGGACGACUCAUGGUGCGCGGUACUCCAGGCGCAUCUCGGCCACAUUAUCGACUUGGCUGGGCCGAUCCUGGUUGAUCUUCCCAACUUUGACGCCGUGGCGCAGCUGGUGCUCAAGCACGUCGUCCCGCGGCUGCUGCUCCCGCUCCAGCAAGACGGACGGACCCUGAAGCCUAGUCUGCUGCAUGGGGACUGCUGGGAUGGCAAUACGGCAACGGACGCAUGCACGGGCGAGGCCUUUGUGUUUGACCCGUGCUCGUUCUACGGACAUAGCGAGUAUGACGUGGGCAAUUGGCGCGCGCCGCGACACGAGCUGAGUGAUGGGUCGUACAUGGCGAGCUACAAAAAGCACAUGGAGCCAUCGGAACCAAAAGAAGACUGGGACGCGAGAAAUCUGUUGUACUCGUUGCCGUUCAAUCUCGGCAAUGCCAUGUAUAUGCCGGCUUCUGAUCAGGGGCCAGUCGUUUAUAAGGACAUGGUGAAGCUCUGUGAGUUGUUUUGCAAGGAUGAGUUGGCGGGGCUCGACAUGGUGGGCGCAUGA